CCGGACUCCACAGCCCCUCCACUCCCGCCGUGGCGCCGUCCACCAACUCUUCCAGUCCCCCACCCGCCAUUUCCAAUCCCCUCCGACCGCUCGGCGGUUGGCUCCCUCCCUCCGCGCCCGGGGGGCGGGAUCCGCCGCGCCCGCGCGCGCGCAAUGGCGCCGGACCCGACCAGCGAGCUCGUGGUCACGCCCAAGGCGGCGGCCAAGGACGCGGCCUCCUGCUGCAAGUCCACGCCGCCCAAGGUCUCCUCCGUCUCCCCCGACGAGAUGCGCGCGGUGGCGCGCAAGUUCGCCGACCAGCCUAUCCAGGAGACCGAGCCGGGCGUCUGGGCCGUCCUCACCGCCAUCUCCAAGAAGGCCCGCCUCCGGCCCCAGGGAAUUAACAUUCUUUUGAGUGGUGAGGAGCACUACCUAGGACGUGGCGUUGAGGACCGCUUCCAGAUUUCUGAUCCACAAAUAAGUACAAGGCAUUGCCGGAUAUACAAGGACACUGUGUUGGGGGAGCUGAACCGCCAUGAGCCUGUCCCUGUUUUCAUCAAGGACACAAGCUCGAAUGGCACUUACAUCAACUGGAAAAGGCUCAAGAAAAGUUCAUCCCCAGUCAAGCUUAAUCAUGGUGACGUUAUAUCAUUUAUAUCAGUUCACAAAGAUUCUUCGUAUUCAUUUGUCUACCGUGAAGUUAAUGCAAUCAGUUGCGUAGAGAAUGGGGCUACCAUUCUCAAAAGGAAGUCAGAGGAGGGUGGUUCUGGAAGCAAGAGGCUAAAGGGUCUUGGUAUUGGUUCUCUUGAUGGUCCUGUUUCACUCGAUGAUGUCCGGAGACUAGAAAAAUCUAAUGCCGAUCUCAGGGAACAACUUGAAGCACAUGUUGUGACAAUCGAGACUUUGAGAACUGAAAUAAAAGUGGCCCAAGCGCAGCAUGGAAAGGAACUUGAGGAGCUGAGAGAAACUACAUCAACUUCUUAUCUUGAUCAAACUAAAUCUCUCCGGUUAGCACUUGAGGAGAAACAAAAGCAACUUGAUUCACUCAGUACAUCAAAUACAGAGUUACAGAAUUCCAUUAAAGACCUGGAUGAAAGGCUUAGUGCAUCUAAGCAAUCACGUGCCGAUGCUGGUGAGAUAAUUUCGAGCCAGAAAGCAAUUAUAUGUGAGCUUGAGGGACAGCUAAGUGAGGAGCGUAACUUAAGAAGAGAGGAGCGUGAUAAGGCUGUGCAGGACAUGAAAUCUGCAUUGCAUAAAGUGCAAGCUGAGGCUCAAGAAGAAAUUAAAAGACAGGCGGAGUCUUACCUUAGACAACAAAGGGAACAAAAAGAAGUUAUUGGCAAACUUCAGGAAUCAGAAAAAGAAACCCGUUUGCUGGUGGAAACAUUGAGGUCCAAGCUGGAAGAUGCUCGAGAUAAUCUUGUAACAUCCGAGAAAAAAGUAAGAGAGCUGGAAGCUCGACUUCAAGAUGAGCAGCUAGUAUCGGCUAACAAUCAAAAGAAAUCAGAUAAUCUGGAAACUGAACUGAGGAAACUGAAGAAAGAACUUGAAAAUGAGAAGCAGGCUGCUCGGGAAGAAGCAUGGGCGAAGGUUUCAGCUCUUGAGCUUGAAAUAGCUGCAACAAUUAGAGAUCUAUCAAUUGAGAAACAGAGGUAUCAAGGAGCUAGAGAACGAAUUAUUUUACGAGAGACUCAGCUGCGUGCUUUCUAUUCAACUACAGAAGAAAUCUCUUCUCUGUUUGCAAAACAGCAGGAGCAGCUGAAAGCUAUGCAGAGAACUUUGGAGGAUGAAGAGAACUAUGAGAAUACCUUAAUGAGUGUUGAUCUCAAUAAAGUUCCAUUGGCCACUGAUGAUGCCCAUAUGAAAUCAGUAGGGUGCUCAAAAAAUACAGUGGAAGCUCCAAGUGCGUCAACACAGAAUACCCAAGUAAGUGAACAUAGUUCUAGUGAUGAAGAUGCCAACAUGACUGAGCAGCAUGCUGGUGGUACUGCUGAAGGUGGCAGCACUCAAGGUCUAGAGUGCUCUAGUCCAGAAAGGUCAGAGGAUAGAUUAAGGUCUGAUUUUCACGGAAAUCCUGUUCCUACAGCUCCUGAGAGGGAGGUAACAGAUACUGAGCAAGUUCCUGAGACAGAAAGUCAAGCUGGUAAUGUUGGUUGCGAUGACCAAAGAUGUGACAAUAUGGGAGAGACUAUGCCGCUUGAAGAUGAAGCGCAGCCUCAAGAAAAUGAGGAAGCUAAAGAUGGGGACCAGCCACAUGCAAAUGAGGAUCCUGUUCCAAUCCCCAAAGAUGGCAUUGGCCACUGUUCUGAAGAUAAACUUGAGUAUGAUUGCUCCGAGAGCAAACGGGAGGAUGCUCAUGCUGGAGCUAUUGGAACAGCUGAUCUGUUGACCUCAGAAGUUGCUGGAAGCUGGGCAGUGGAAACAGCUCCAUCUGUCAAUGGUGAAAACGAAUCGCCUAGGAGCGUGGAAGAUGCUGGUGAUGCCGUGGGGCAGGAUGAGGAAGAUGGUGGUAGCAUGGCGGCGGAUGCUUUGCUAACUCUGGUGAACUCGGAGGGCCAAGCGGCUGGGAGUCAGAAUAAUGCUGAACAUGCCGUUUCCAAAAUAACUGACCACCAUCGUGUCCUUAGUGCCAUGAUUGAAAUUGUUGAUCCUGAAUUCAAAAAACAAAUGUCUAGAAGUGGCGGUGGAAAUGAUGAACCAAUGUCUGAUGCCGAGACGGAUGAAGGCAGCGAGGAAGUUGAUACAGAUGAUGACAGCGAGGAGCCUAUGGUUGAGGAUUCUGUUGGGUAGGUUAAAAGGAGUCGACUUUCCUUGUGAAUAGUUAGAACUUUUUAUUCCUGUACUUUUCGCAUGUGAGGUUGUACCAUGGUGUUGCAUGUAUGCAUUUUAUUUUCCAUUUCUUUCUAAUUUAUAUAUAUAUAUAUAUAUAUA